AAAAUUUUACAGGAAGCUGCGGUCACUCUAAACAAAACACAACUAUUACCGUCAACCACAUGUUGAGUUGUUUAAAUUUUGAUCGAAUAUUACAACAUGGAUCAACAUAUAACAUCUACGCUUAAAAAACGCAAAAGUCGUGUUCUUGGAUUCCGCUUGCUUAUAUGUUACCUUAAGAAAAGGAAUAUCAAAUUAGGAGAAAACGAACAUAUUUGGAUGUCCAUAAUAUUUCAAUCAUGUAAUUUAUCUGAGUUACGCACAUAUGGUGAUCUUAUUUUUGCAGCAAUGGCACUUUUAAUAGACAGAAUCCAGAGCGACGCUAAUUUAUCAAAAGCAUUUGCGACGACUUAUUUAUCCAAAGUUUUUGAAUGUUUAUCUCUAAAAGAAAUAUUUAAAAACGAACGAUGCACACUUGCUGCUUUACACGCAAUCAAACGAUGUCUGAAAUAUUACCCAAAAGUUAUAAAAUCUGGUACAACAUCAAUCGAAAAACUAUUAAUAAUAUUAAUAGACAGCACUAAUAUUGAUGUUGUUUGUCAAACUGGUGAAUGUUGGCUUUUGUUACAAAAUAUUCGUGGUAACUCCAACAAUGAAAACAGUAAUAUCAAAACUGUAUGGAAAGAUUUCCAAUUAUCUUUACUAAAUAAUAUUAAUUGUAUUAUAAACAAAACAUUACUUCUGCCCGAGGAAAUUAUUGACAGCCCUUCUAAAGCAAAUAACUUUGGGCUUUCUACUCUUGAAUUGGUUAAAGAUCCUUUUGAAAGAGCAUUACAAAUUUUUGGACGAAUUUGUAAUCUUAUUGAAUAUUUUAAAAUUGCAUUAGGCAAACCAUACGUAAUGAAAAAGUAUAUUUGCACACACCAAAUUCUGGGUCUAAUACAUAAAGGAUUAAAUUUACAUGUAAACCAAAGAAAUAACAUAAGAAUGGAUCAGGUAUAUUUCCGAACUUUUUUACCGGAAAUGCACAUAAAAUUAUUGGAACUUUUGGAAAUUCUAAUUGAUAUUUGUCAUGCACACCUCAGGAUGGAUUUUCGGCUCAUUUUAAAUAUUUUAAUGGAUGCUCUCGAAAGGACAAAAUCAAUGUUAUCAGAAGCAAAUCGAAAUCAAGUUAUCCGUAUACGCCUAAUUGUGUAUAAGGUAAUAUCAUUAUGGUGCUCUACCCUAAAAGAAGGAAGCCACUGCGAAAUUAUAUCGGAGACUCUUAUUAAGGAAAUAUUGGAUGACAUAGAUCCACGAGACGCAACAGCAUUAACAUGUCGAGGCAAUUCAAAUUUAAUGCAAAAAGGUUCGGUCAAAGACAUUUAUUUGAUGUUGGAGAUGUCAUUUGGUGAUGAAGAUAAUGAUCUGCUUCGUCAGGAAGCCCAUUUUUGCCUGCGAAAAUUGUUAUCAUCUUCUGGUUUCUUGCUUAAACAAUCUCUUUUAAAGGACGUGCACAACACCUUAUUGGAAAUUUUUAUUAAAAUACAUUCUCAACCGAUGAAAAAGCCAUAUUUACGAAACAUUUGGAAUUGUCGCUUGGAAGUUUACAGAUCAUUCAUAUUUUUAUUAAAAUCGCGAAAUUAUAGAUGUCCUGUGCCUUCUGAAAUAAUGAUCACUCUUUUAGACGAAUCCCGUUUAAACGAAAACAGCAUUGAACUACGACAAAAUUGUAAUAUUAAUGCAUUGGAAAUAAUGCUUCAUCCUCAGAAAGCUGAUAUUACCUUUAAAAAAUAUUUUGAAAAUGUAGGGAUCAUAACUACCGGGCAUACAAACAUUACUGAUUCGGAUAAUUCAAAAUGGAUAUCACUUAAAGACAUAAGUCAAUUACACAUUCAUGCUGAUGAGAAUGAAAUUGUAAUCCCAAGUAAUCAAAAAGAAAAAGAAAAAGUUAGUUUACAAACUGGUCCUGAAGCAAUUAAUCCACUUUAUAAAAAGAAUGUCUAUUUUAGUGAAACAUCCUCCAAAAUAACUACAAUUGACGUUAAUGAUAAAUAUAACAUCGAGUUUGAUAAUAAUUUAUUGAAAAAUGAUAAAUGUUUUGAAAAAUUAAAUACUAAUCGUUUCGAAAUAAUUCCAGAAUUGUUGAACGACUCAGCACAAAAUGUCAAGGAAAUAUCAAAAGAAUCAUGCCAUUUUUUAGUAAACGACAAAUUAGAGAGUUUUGAAAACCGUGAUCAAGAAAUGAUUAAUGGCAAUGAUAGUUCUGGCUUUUCAUCCUCCUACUACAAUUUUGAAAAAUGUGUCAAAAAUUUGCCAAAGAACUUAGGAAAAUAUGAUGAUGAAAAAAUGAUAGCGGACUUGGAAGCAGAAUUUGUUGCCGUAUACGCCUAAUUGUGUAUAAGGUAAUAUCAUUAUGGUGCUCUACCCUAAAAGAAGGAAGCCACUGCGAAAUUAUAUCGGAGACUCUUAUUAAGGAAAUAUUGGAUGACAUAGAUCCACGAGACGCAACAGCAUUAACAUGUCGAGGCAAUUCAAAUUUAAUGCAAAAAGGUUCGGUCAAAGACAUUUAUUUGAUGUUGGAGAUGUCAUUUGGUGAUGAAGAUAAUGAUCUGCUUCGUAAGGAAGCCCAUUUUUGCCUGCGAAAAUU